ACGCUAACUACACGUCAGAGAGAGAGAGACAGAGAGAGAGAGAAGACAGGCGCAAGAAAACUAAGUUGGUGAAGAGAAGGAACAAGUUCACAAAGAUGCCAAGGUCGUUUCUUGUGGAUUCAUUGAUUUUGAGAGAGGCGAAUGAUAAAGGAAAUGAAAACAAUCCACCCUUAUUUCCGUACGCCGUGCACCCCUCGCACCCUCUCCAUGGGCUUUCCCCUGGGUCCUGCCAUUCUAGGAAAUCGGGCUUGUUGUGCUUCUGUCCGCUUUGCGUGACCGCAUCGCAGCUACAUCCAUCACCUCCAGCCAUCCCGCUCCUCAAGGCUUCCUUCCCCGCCUUCGGUUCUCAGUACUGUCACUCCGCAUUGGCGAGACAGCACACGUCCUCAACCGGCGUCAACCUCAACCACGGCCCGGGGAUAUACCAAGCAGCAUACCCAGUACCGGAUCCGCGUCAAUUUCACUGCAUCUCUAUUGAGAGCAACAGCAGUCAACUCCAGAGCAGUAAGCGCAUGCGCACCGCCUUCACCAGCACUCAGCUCCUGGAGUUGGAGAGGGAGUUCACCUCCAACAUGUACCUCUCGAGACUGAGGCGCAUCGAAAUUGCCACGUAUCUGAAUCUGUCUGAGAAGCAAGUCAAGAUCUGGUUCCAGAACCGCAGAGUCAAGCACAAGAAAGAAGGAAAGAAUGGCUCGCACCGGACGGGUUCUCACAAUUGUAAGUGUUCCUCCCUGUCAUCUGCGAGGUGCUCCGAGGAGGAAGACGACCUACCCAUGUCUCCUUCAUCUUCAGGGAAAGAGGACGGAGAGCUAUCUGUCACCCCUUAAACUUUCCGUGAACCCAGAGACUCGGUCCUCGUGCCACCUGUGGAAUUCUGAAAG